CAAUAAUAAAGUCGGCGGUCGAUUUUAGAUUUUAAAAGUUCUUGAUAAAAUUAUUCAUUUUUUAACAUAAAAUUUAAGUGAAAUUAAACUACUUGACAUAAUGUUUAAGGGAAUGGUGAGUUUGGUUACUGGCGGCGCUUCAGGAUUAGGUAAAGCUACUGUAGAACGACUUGUUAAAAAUGAGGGAAGAGUUGUUAUAUUGGAUAUCCAGGGAACAAGAGCGCAAGAAGUUGCUAAGAGUCUUGGUGAAAAUGUUGCCGUAUCAGUCGGUUGUGUAUCAUCGGAAGAUGAUGUAAAGAAGGCUUUGGAAUUGACAAAAUCAAAGUUUGGUAGACUAGACACACUUGUCAACUGCGCAGGCUUCGCACAAACACAUCAAGUGUAUAAUUUCUUUAAAGACAAGGAAUGUAGCUCAAGCCAUUUUAUCAAAUGCAUAAAUGUAAACACAAUAGGCACAUUUAACACAAUAAGAUUAUCAGCGGGUCUGAUAGGGAAAAAUGAACCUAAUGAGAAUGGACAGAGAGGUGUUAUUGUCAACACGGCAUCUACAAUAGCAUAUGAAGGUGAUAUAGGUCAAGCAGCUUUUGCAGCAUCAACAGCUGCUGUGAUAGGAAUGACUUUACCAAUAGCUAGGGAUCUUGCAUCACAAGGCAUCAGAGUAGUUACAAUUGCACCAGGUAUUUUCGACACUCCACUAGUACAAUAUUUACCCGAGAAAGUGAUUGACUUCAUAAAACGUAUGACACCGUUUCCACCAAGACUUGGCAAACCAGAAGAGUUUGCUCUAUUAGUUACCAGUAUAGUUGAAAAUCCCAUGUUGAAUGGUGAAGUUAUAAGAUUAGACGGUGCACAGAGAUGGUUCCCAUUAUAAAGUGUUUUAGAUUUAAAUAAGAGUAAAUAAGAAAAAUAAGGUCUGUUUCCAUUUUCCCUUAGAUAUUAAUCUAAUCAUGAGUAG